CCAACGAAGAGAGCGUAGAUCUGGACAGCAUACAUCUCGCUCAUCUCAUUGCAGGCCUCCAAGGACAGAUCGGUCCUUUCCUUAACUGCCAUCAGCCAUGAAAGGUCCUUGGAGGCCAUCAUGGUGCUUCCCGCUGCUGGUGUCGCUGUUCAUGGACAUCAGGACGCUGCACGCCCUCUCCCCUCCCUCGCUUGCCUUCAAGGUACGGCCGAGGGACAGCCAGACGGCCAGGCAGACGGAGCGUUCUGCACAGAUCUGUGGAAGGAAGCCAUUCAUCCCCUCACUUGUUUGAUGUCCAUGUGUUGUGUGCAGGGUGGCUUCCGAGGCUCCAAACAACCGAUUGUAUGCCACACACCGGACAGCCAAACGAGCCAGCCUGUGAUAGACAGUCCACCCAACGGAACGCACCCCCCUUAUGUCUGUCGUCUGUUUGUCUAUCUAUCCCCAGGAGCUCUUGUCGUCCACUGGCAAGGCGGCGAGUGAGCGGGAGAUCACUCAGUUCCUGGGCGAGCUCGCCCGUCAGGACACCAAGGAGGGCAACCUGCCUGUCAUCGCCGCCAUCGGGCCGGGAGGGCGGCGGAAACGCGCCUUCCUCAACCAGCUGUGUGGGUCGGACCUCGACGCCUCUAAGUUCCUACCAACCGCACCAAGUGAGUGAGAUAGAUGACAACACGACAGCACACAACACACUGGCCAGCCCAGCCAUGCUCGGGUCCUUAACCUUGCUGAAUGAAGGUGCGUCGCUGUCCGGCGCUCCGGAGAUCGGCAAUACCGCGGUGGUGCUGGAUGUGUCGACGUUGGCCAGCCUGCCGGCCGACACGGACGAGGAGGACAAGCUGACGACGGGGCAGAUGAUGGCGCUGGCGUGUCCUCUGUGGGGCGUGUGUGUGCUGCCCGUAUGGCAGAGCGAGGUGGUGGAUGGCGGGGGGCUGCCGUCGUCCGUGUCGUCGCUGCUGCUCAAGGUGGUCAGGGAGGAGGUCCGCGGCAGGAGAGGUGCUGGUGGUGGCGGCAGGUCAGAGGGGAGGAAGGCAGGCCCACUGAAGAUCAUAUUCGCCGUGCAGGUAAGUCAGUCGGACACAAAGCCCUAACAUGCAUCACAUUCGUGACCUGACAUGGGUGUUGUGGGUUUGUCGACUGACUGACAGGGUGGCGACGGCACGCUGUCGUCCAGUGACGCCACCAAGGCUUUCACCAAGGGCAUGAGCGACCUCUUCUCCGCUCUCGAGAAGCCUCCAGGCCUCCAGGGCGGCAUGGCAGGCCUCGUCGACGUCACGGCUGUCGUCCUGCCGUCGUCCAAGUAUCGCCCGCAGGAGUACCAGAAGGCCCUGGUGGAGCUGCGGCAGGUGGUCAAGGGUGCGGCGGACAAGGCCAAGAGCAGCCGCGGCGUGAGGGGGUCGCAGCUUCCGGGGACCGUGGGUGGCAUGUGGGCGGCAGUGAGGGAGCGACUUGACGUUUCCACCGACAGCCCCUCUGUGGCAGUGCUCGCGGCAUCGGCACACGCCACCAGCACGGCCGACCUGCUCAUGGACGCUGCUAAGGUGCGAGGGUGUGCCUACUUUUAUACCACGUUGGGAAGAAUUGGAUGUGGUGUGUUUGAUCGGAUCAAUCAGGUGACAUUGAGCCAGUGGAAGCGGCGUGUGGACCGCGGGACGGUGACGGAUGACUUCGGCCACCGGGCGCACACCCUCAUCACAUCCACACUUGACCAAUACGACCGGAACACACAGAUGGACGGGGUACGGUAAAUGCUUUAUGCAAACCAAGUGGAUGGAUGGCCAUGACGAGAAUGCAAUCCAUACGCACGCUUCGCUUCACGACUGACUGACUCCUGCCUUUACCAUGGAUGGACUUGACUUGUUUGUCCGUGCAGCUGAGUUCAAUGCGUCAGCGGAGACGCGACGAGAUCCGAUCGACACUCGAGGCCGACGUCAGGGACCUCUUCAACAGGCAGCUGGCACUGCUGCAGCGGCGGUCUUUGAAGGACCUGCGCGAGAAGCUCGUGGCGGCACUCACCCCGCAGGGCAGCGUCGAGGCCAACCAAGAGGCCGCCGCACUCAGACAGGUCAGUGCAGUCAGUACACCACCACCUACCCAACAUGAGUUGAUGGCUGCGAUGCGAUGCGAUGCAGGUAGAGUUCACCUUUGACGAGUCGUCGAGCGAUCUGCUGGUCAGCUGCAUGGCCGACGAGCUCAAACCCGCCAUCGACGAGGCCAAGAAGACCCUCAUGGACCGCCUACGGGCCUACGCGGGCAAGUUCCCCGAGAGCAACGAAGCCAAGGUGCAGGCCAGGCUGCGAAUGGAGGAGCGAAUGCGGCCCCAGCAGCAGCAGCAGCGGGCGGGCGGCAAGAAGGCCAAGAGGGAGAGGGCCUUCGGCAUGCGCCUGGCGCUGGCCAGCAUGGUCAGGCAGGACGGCAACGGCAACCUACAGGGAUUCGCCUCGUACGACGCCGGACCAUUCUCCAUGAUCAUGGGGUGCGUGGGCCACAGAACGCACAGGCAGCUGGGGGAUAUGAGAUGUCUGACUGUCUGUCCGACCGACUUUGUGUCUGUCUGUCUGCUUGUGUGUGUGUGUGUGUGUGUGUUUGGUGUGUGUGGUGUGUGUCAGAUAUGCGAAUGACCGGGACACGCCCGAGGCGAUGCAGAACGGCGAAAAGCCGCCAUUCCUCAGACUGCAGCCAAAGAUACACCUGGACAUCGACCUGUGAGAGGGGUGCCGUGCCACGGGGGGGAAACACACACCACACGAGAGAUGCGAUGCAUGGUGCAGUAGAGUACGUCGGUGCAAGAUGUGAUUGAUGGGCAAGAUGGACGGUUUUUGUCGUGGCUGGCGUUGCGUGGUCUGCGAAUGCAGUCGCUGAGCAGCUGCUUGUGU